GAGUUCAGUUGAUGUAACAGGCAGUUAAACCUCUAAGGACAGGAUGAAAACAAUCUGCUAGGAGCCAAGAGUUUCCACUUUAAGGUGAAUUCAAACAGGCAUCACAUAGUGUGAGGAAGGACUACAACUUUCUGCAUGCAAAAGGUUGGCAAUGGAAACACAAGCAAUUUACAGAACCUUUAUAUCCUUGUUGGUGCUUUUCAUCUUCACCUUUUCUAAGACACAAGCCUAUGACUAUUUUGACUUGGAGCCCUCUCAUUUAAUUGCCUUUGAGUGUCCCAAAGAAUGUGUUUGCCCAACAAAUUUCCCACGUGCUUUAUAUUGUGACAGUAAAGGCCUAAAAGAAGUGCCUCCCAUCCCAUCAAGAAUUUGGUACCUAUAUUUACAUAAUAAUGCUAUUGAAACACUUAAUGAGAAAGCAUUUGUGAAUGCUACUCAACUAAGAUGGAUUAAUCUGAAUAAAAAUAAGCUAACCAACCAAAAGAUAGAAAAGAAUGUAUUUAGGAAUAUGAAGAACCUGCUUUACUUAUUUCUAGAGGACAAUGAAUUAGACGGAAUACCAAACCCAUUGCCAAGCACUUUGGAGCAACUUCGUUUGGCAAGGAAUAAAAUUUCAAAGAUUCCUGAAGGUGUCUUUAAGAAGUUAGAAAACCUAACGCUAUUGGACUUACACCAUAACAAGCUCACAGAUGGUUCUUUUCAAGCUGAUGCUCUUACAGAACUCAAGAGCCUAAUGCAGUUCAAUGUGGCCAAAAACUCACUCAAGAAAAUGCCAACAGGUCUUCCAUCUAACACUAUACAAUUGUAUUUAGACAACAAUAACAUUGCGGCUAUACCUAACAACUACUUUAAUAAUAUACCUAAAAUAGCCUUUCUUAGAUUAAACUACAACAAAUUAUCUGAUUCAGGUGUACCAGCAAAUGUAUUUAAUGUUACGUCUAUGUUAGACUUGCAGUUGUCAUACAAUGAACUGUCUUCUCUACCAGUUGUUAAUGGUCAUCUGGAGCGUCUUCAUCUUGAUCACAACAAGAUAAAAAAUAUUAAUGGAACUAUUAUUUGCCCCAAUGAGGUUAGAGAAGAAUAUGACCCUCAUUUUCCUCAUGGACCUCGUCUUCGAUAUCUGCGACUGGAUGGAAAUGAAAUUCAGCCACCAAUCCCACUUGAUCUUAUGAUUUGUUUCAGACUUUUGCAAACUGUAGUGAUUUAAAUAUUGAGAGCUACAUUAAGCUAAAUGUGUCAAAAAGUUAAAUGUGUCAUUUUAAACCUUAAAGUUAUUAUUUUCUUUAGGUAAUUUUUAAGACCUUUAAAAGAGGAUGUCUUUGUAUGUUUCUGUUCUUUAAAAAAGAUAUUAACAAAUCGGAGUUUCAU